UUAUAAAUUGGAGGGAUGCACGGUAGCUCAGGACUCAAACAGCAAGAAACAAGACACGUGGAGGAAAAAAAGGACUUGAGAAAAAUCAUCUUCAUCGGGCUCUUUUACACUCUCUUGCAACAAAAAGACCAAAAUAUCACAAAAGCAGAAGUAAAGAUGAACUUCUUAGUCAUCUUGUCUUUCAUUGCUGUUGUCAGUAUUGAAGUGGUAUUUUCAAAGAGGUGGCUUAAGUGGAGACCACGCCAGACACGCUCACAUCGAGAUGAUGGUCCAGAGGGCUGUUGGUCAGGGGAUGGCAGCAGUUACAGGGGAAUUAUUUCCACAACAACAAGUGGGCAUCGUUGUCUUCACUGGAACAGGUUCAAAAACCCCUGGGGCACCUCAUCUGGAAUCGGGAACCAUAGAUACUGCAGGAAUCCUGACCAAAGCCCGAAGCCAUGGUGUCGCGUCAAAAGAGGGAAGAGAGUCGUGAGGGAAUUCUGUGAUGUUCCCAAAUGUUCCACAACAGUAAAGCCUCCUGUUGCUGUGGAUACAGAACUGACGUGUGGUGAGACAUCUGAGCAGAGGAUGCACAAAAUUGUGGGCGGUUCAUUCAUAACGGCGCAGUCGCAGCCGUGGGUUGCGGCCAUUUUUCAUCAGCGCCGCAGGUUCUUGUGCGGCGGCUCGCUUAUUGCGCCAUGCUGGGUGCUCACCGCAGCGCAUUGCUUCUCUGACGGGGAACGGACCAAUCUCCAGCGUUUGUCUGUGUUCCUGGGAAAGAGUGCCAUCAAUGAAACGGAUGAGGUCAACGAGCAGAAAUUCACUGUGGAAAAAAUGAUCCUCCACCAAGCAUACAAUAAGGCCAACUACAACAAUGACAUAGCGCUGUUGAAGAUCAAAAGCAGCGAUGGGCGAUGUGCUGUGCGAUCGGAAUCUGUUCGCACGGUUUGUCUUCCUCCAGCUCACACUCAACUUCCUGUUGGUUUUCAGUGCGUUAUCGCAGGAUUUGGGAGGGAGAAAUCCGGGGCGCUGCAUUACUCUCAGUACUUGAAGGAGGCCCGUGUGAAUCUUCUCUCCCAGUCUCAAUGUAAAAAAAAUUCUGCGUAUGCAAAUCUGCUCACUGAAAACAUGUUCUGUGCGGCGGAACCCAGUUGGAGCAUGGACUCCUGCCAGGGAGACUCUGGUGGUCCACUAGUGUGUGAAGCCUCCGGACGGCUGUUUCAAUUCGGAAUUGUGAGCUGGGGGGAUGGCUGCGCAAAGGAGAACAAUCCGGGAGUUUACACUCAGCUCACCAAUUACAACAAAUGGAUUGCAGAGAAAAUAAAACUACCGCAGUAUACAGUGGGUGUCAUGUACCCCCCAAAGUGAAGGUGGAGAGACCCUUGUGCUAAAGUUAAAUUCCUAAAGGAAUAUUUGGUAACAGAGGUGAAGGCUCUGGGUGCGGGGUGGUGGUACGUGCAUUUUGUUGUUUGCCCCAUGCAUUUUGUUGUACACGGAGUGGCAGCUAACGGGAAUUUACUGCACAUUGACAGAGACAAUCCUUCAAGGAUUUACUGUCGUUUUUCUUAAGGAACGUUUUCAUUUUAUUUAUUGUAUUGAAUGUACAAUGGAUUCAUGUACUUUUAUUUUUACAUAUGUAACAGAUCUAUUUUGUACAAUUUAAUGUACCAUAUUUAUUUUCUGCUAAGGCUAAGCAUAUUCAAGAGAAAGUUUGUCCCUUAAUAUUUUUAAUCGAUUGAAAUGUAAAUACUUUAUUACUGCUCUUUUCAUAUUGUGUAAAAGAUAAUGUGCUAAUAAGUUGAGCGAUCUACCCUACUGUAAGCUCACUGCAAAAUAAAUAAAUACAAAUAAAACAAAACUGUAUCA